AUGCUGUUUACCUCCAUCGUUGCGAUUGCAUUUGCAACCUCUGUUGCUGGACAUGGAUAUAUGUACAUACCUCCAAGUCGUACUAGACUGGGGCACGAGUCUGGAAUAGAUACAUGCCCGGAGUGUACUAUCCUUGAGCCUGUUAGUGGCUGGCCAGACCUUAAUGGGCCUGUAGUUGGUCGUAGUGGUGUUUGCGGGUAUAACGCCCGUGUUAGUGUUGAUUAUAAUCAGCCUAAUGCUUCCUGGGGUGGUCAGAAGCUUGCCGCCACUUACAAGGCUGGGGAAGUCGUGACGGUGCAAUGGUGUGUCGACCACAAUGGUGACCAUGGCGGCAUGUUUAGCUACCGUAUCUGCCAAAACCAAACGCUGGUCAAUAAAUUCCUCGAUCCCACCUAUCUCCCGACCGAUGAUGAGAAGGAGGAGGCUGAAAAGUGCUUCGAAGAGGGACUUCUUCCUUGUACCGAUGUUGACGGGCAGGAAUGCGACUACAGUCCUGAUUGUCAGGAAGGCGAGGAAUGCUGGAACAACAAAUGGUUUACCUGCAAGGCUUAUUCCGGAACCAGCUGCCAUGGUGUUGACAACUCUACGCUUGGCUCAUGCUAUACUUCCAUUGCAGGUGGUUACACUGUGACCAAGAAGAUCAAAAUUCCUGAUUAUGUUACCAACCAUACCCUUCUUGCAUGGAAGUGGAACGCUGAAGAGACUUCUCAAGUUUACCUGUCGUGUGCAGAUAUUGCCAUCACGAAAUAA